UUGUUCUCUUCUUUCACCUGCUGAUUUAAUCGAUGGGUUCUUGUGUUCUGAUCGUUUGAUUGGUUCUGUUUUGUGGUUUAGCUCUGAAAACUGUUGGGUGCUUGUUGGCUUCAUCAUGCAUUUGCUUUUGCACUGAAUUCUUGGAUUCUGAUUGCUAAUAUUUGGUUUGCUCCGUUGGAUUGACUUUUGUAGACUUCAAUAUUUGUCUUGUUACUCAGAGUAGACUUGUGAAAACACAAAGCUCAUACAUCUCUUUACGUUUGCUUCCUCUCCUUCUUUCCCCUGAACUGGUCGAGAGAGAUUAAUCCGCACCAUAUAUAUUUUUUAACCUUCGAACUGAAACCCUCUCAGAUGGAAUUUCAGAACCUAAACAACUCAGUGGAGCUGAGAGCUCCGCUGUCUUCGGAGGUUCAGGCUUGUGCCGGGGAGUCGAAAGCAUCGACCUCCAUGAGAGUGGAAUGGGGACUAAAGUGCAGUGCAAGAGUUCCUUGCCAGGAUUUUACCCAAUGAGGGAUCUUAACAAUGAUUCUAACAGUCAUAACUGGCACCUAUUUUAUGGUGAAAGAUCCUUCUUAACUGCACAAUAUCACGAGGUCAUCUCGCCAAUGGCUUGCGCAAAUGGAUAUAGAGGCGAUGAUAAAAAUGUAGUGAAGCAAAAAAUGCUUGAACAUGAGGCCGUUUUCAAAAAUCAGGUGUUCGAACUACACCGCCUGUAUAGAAAACAAAGAGAUUUAAUGAAUAAAAUCAAAUCCACAGAACUCGGCAGAAACUGUUUAGCUGUAGAUUCAUUGCUCUUCUCGAGCCCCUUGACGUCUAAAGUUACUUCGAGACGAAAUCUGCCAUGUUUUCCUGUUGCGAAUUCGUCUAGUACCAGGUUUUCUAUUUCAGGCAUUGAAGAAGAACAUUCUUCUUUGAUUUCUGUAAAAGGCAAUAGCCAGAGUCCUUGUUUCUUUCCAUCACAAAAUGGAAGUACAGUGAAGAACUUGCAGGUUCUCGAGUCCAGACCGACAAAGUUUGGAAGAAAACUGUUAGAUCUUCAGCUUCCUGCCGAGGAGUACAUCGAUAGUGAAGAUGGGGAACAAUUCCAUGAUGGAAAUGUGCCUGACAUAUUAAGUCACAAUCACAACGAGGAUCAAAAGAUUGAUAUUGAGAGGGAUGUCACCGACUUAAACGAACCCAUUCAACUUGUAGAAACCAAUGCUUCAACUUAUGUUGAUCCACUAGGUUCUGCUUCUUGUCAUGGGGAGAUUCUAUGUCCCAAUCCAUCUUCAGGGCCAAAUUCAGGCCUUAAAAAUUUGCAGAGGAAAAGUUCAUGGCCUGUUUCUUCUCAGCCUAUGGAAAGUUUACUCAGUAAAGUUCAUGAAGCUCCACCUCUUCAUUCAACAGAUAAAGGUAGGACAGAUCAGUCAAGGGAGGGGCAGGUCUUUGGUUUGCAGUUUACCAAAAGAUGCCCUGAGAUUAAGGGUGAACCACCGUGUUCCUUCGUCACUUCUCGUGCAUCCGCUCCACGUCCAAAUGCUCCUGAUCUUAGCAAGUCCUGGUCUAACUCCUAUUCAACUGCACAAGCUCAGCAAUGUCUGCAGAGGAAUUUUCAUUCCCCGUUUCAUGGCGUGGAGAGUUCUGGAGAAAGAUGGCUUCUUAGUAGUGGUUCCGAACUCAAUAAAGGUUCUGAUAGCGAAUUAUUGUACUAUAACAGGGUCUUUCUUGGGUUUUCAUCUGAGUACAAGGAAGAAGUAGGCCGCUCCUCUUCUGUCGGUUAUAGCUAUCGGAUGCAGGGUAAUGGUAACAAUGAAGCUCCCAAAGACUUAAGUCCUUCCAUGUCAUUGAAACUCCUCAAGGAUUCUAAUUAUAUGAACAUGAAGGGUCCAAAAGAGAGAGGUUUUAACAUGGUGUUUCCAAAUAAUUCAUCUGGUCAAGCAGGACUGGCGGUUGGGGAAAAUUGUGCAUUGUUACCUUGGCUCAGUGGUACAACUGGUGGAAGCACUGAAACUACUAAUAAAAAUUCUCAUUCAUUUCGUAAUGACAUUUUCAACGAAGAGUUUGAAUCGGACAGGUCUGCUAAGAAUCGAAAACUACUUAUAAGAUCAACAUCUGAGGAAUUGCAGGAUCCCAAGAAAGCAAUGUGUUCUCUCGCUCGACCCUCGGUCCCAUGUGAAACCAAAGAAAGCAGGGAAUGUAGAGUUCUUGAUAUCAACUUGCCUUGUGAUCCUUCGGUUGCUGAAUCAGAAAAUGAGCCCACGGAGAAACUGAAUGAAGCAAAAGUUUCCAGUUUUGGACUUAUUGAUUUAAACUUGAGUAUAAGUGAAGAUGAAGAAUCUUCGAGACCAACGCCAAAAUCGACUGUCAGAAUGCGGGGAGAGAUAGAUUUGGAAGCCCCUGUGAUUUCCGAGACUGAGGAUACUGUUCCUGCUGAAGAAAUUAUAGAAGCAGAGCAUGAGUUAGCUUCGGAACCUCACUGUAAAGCCAUAAACCAAGAAGAUGUGCUCAUAGAGAUAGCAGCAGAGGCAAUGGUUUCCAUUUCCUCAGCUGUUGGUCACAUCUACUUGGAGGAUGCAACUUGCAGUGCAGCACAAGAUUCUCCGCACAAUCCCCUUAAUUGUUUGGUGGAGAUGGCUUUCUUAUGUUCAAAUGGUUAUGAAAGCGAGUCUCAAGCGGUGGAAUCUUCUUUAGAAGGGAUGGACACCUUUGAGUCCAUGACAUUGGAACUGAUAGAAACCAAGGCAGAAGAAUAUUUGCCUAAAUCGUCCUCGGUUCCGGGACAUAUAACAAUAGAAGAAGACACAGCUAAUUUGCUGCAAAACCGUCCUCAAAGAGGCCAGUCUAGAAGAGGCAGGCAACGGAGGGACUUCCAAAGGGACAUUCUUCCUGGCCUUGCUUCUCUAUCAAGACAAGAAGUUACAGAAGAUCUUAAUACAUUUGGAGGGGUAAUGAAAGCAAUGGGUCAUGUGUGGACUCCAGGGUUGACCAAGAGGAACUCGUUGAGAAACGCUGCCUCUGGCAGGGGAAGGCGGCGAUCAGUGAUCAGCCCCUCCCCACAGUCAACUGAGAAUCUUCCACUGCUGCCUCAGCCUAGUAACUCUGAGAUAGGACUAGACAAAAGGAGCCUGACAGGAUGGGGGAAGACAACUCGACGGCCCCGCCGACAAAGAGUCCAGGCUGGUAAUCUUGCAGCUAUUGCUUUAGUUUAGAGAUAGUGUUGAGAGUCAUCAAUUUCUUGAAUGGACUGUCAAAUUCCCCAUUGUACAUUUUCAGCUUAAAUCCUUGACCUCACAUGUUUAUCUCUGCUGUUUGACAACUCUAUACCAUAUCAUAAGAUAAGUGGAUAGUUUUGCCAAUGUAUAUCUCUCUCUUAGAUUACACUGAUGGAUUUACUGGUGUUAGAAUCUUCCAUA